AUGUCCUCCGUGCCGCUUCUUCGGACCCCGGUCCCCAGCCCUCAGCGCAACAAUGGCACCCCCAGAGCUCCGAAGCUUACACUGGGUAUCCCUCCAUCGCCAAACGCCAAACCCGUCAAUGGCAAUGGCGUCCCCGCCAUGGUGGCCCCUCCACAACCUCAACCUGGCCCCUCCCGCCCGGCUCUCCGCCUAGCCACUCCUAUGAUCAACCCGAAUGCCCCGCAGCCGGUCAACCGCAUGGCCAACGGUCGACCAGGUCCUCCAUCACUAGCACUUUCUACGGGUGGACUUGGUGUGAAUGGCCAACCGAUGUUGAAGGCGAAUGGCGGAAGCAGUAAUCCCAUCUCCGCAAACUCCUCCGUUUCAACAGUCGACAUCGCGAGGGGUCUCCGUGAAUCUGGCGGCUCCGAUCCUGCAUCCGCAAUCAGCUCAUUUGAUGGAGAGGGCAACGAUCAGCUGGAAGGCGAGAAUGGUGUGAGCGCACUUGGUUUCGACCUGGAUCGGUUGAGUUUAGAGAAAGGUCGUCCCCUCGAUGUCGAAGAUCUCGAUGAUAAGGGCUGGCACGCGGCCAGCGAACAAAAGAAGAUUAUUGAGCUUGGUAGCCUGGGUGAAGGUGCCGGUGGUGCUGUUACUCGGUGUCAGCUCAAGGGCGGCAAGACUGUAUUUGCAUUGAAGAUCAUCACUACCGACCCCAACCCAGAUGUGAAGAAACAAAUUGUUCGUGAACUUAACUUCAAUAAGGACUGUGCAUCCGAGCAUAUCUGUCGCUACUAUGGUGCCUUUAUGGACAAGACAUCUGGUACAAUCUCUAUUGCCAUGGAAUUCUGCGAAGGUGGUAGCCUUGACAGUAUCUAUAAGGAAGUGAAGAAACUGGGUGGGCGUACGGGCGAAAAGGUGCUUGGCAAGGUUGCAGAGGGUGUGCUAAACGGAUUAACGUACUUGCAUAGUCGCAAGAUCAUCCAUCGAGAUAUCAAACCCUCCAACAUCCUCUUGUGCCGGAAUGGCCAGGUCAAGCUUUGUGAUUUCGGUGUCAGCGGCGAGUUCGGCACCAAAGGCGAUGCCAACACUUUCAUCGGCACCUCCUACUAUAUGGCCCCGGAACGUAUUACAGGCCAAUCGUACACCAUCACAUCCGAUGUCUGGUCUUUGGGUGUGACUUUGCUGGAAGUCGCGCAACAUCGAUUCCCUUUCCCCGCCGAUGGCACUGAGAUGCAACCCCGUGCCGGAUUAAUAGACCUCCUCACCUACAUUGUCCGCCAGCCAAUCCCCAAACUGAAGGAUGAGCCGGAAAAUCGGAUUAAGUGGUCGGAUAACUUCAAGUACUUCAUUGAAUGCUGUCUUGAGAAAGAGCCUCCUCGACGAGCAACUCCUUGGCGGAUGCUGGAACAUCCAUGGGUGCAGGAUAUGAAGAACAAGAAGGUCAACAUGGCGAACUUCAUCACGCAAGUGUGGGACUGGAAGAAUUAA